GCCUCCACAAUAUAAUAGCCCAGUAUUAAUAAUGACAGUGCUGCUGUAUUGUAUAUCGUCUUGGCGGUAGUAACCAGCAGACAGUUCCGAGAAGAUUGGACAGUGUACGCGACCGGCUAGUAUAGUGUGUCGGAACCCGAAAGAUUAUUUAGGGAAAUGUUUGCACAUUUCCCGUUUAGUACGUGCUUCAAUCAUAUUCUUUCCAUGCUGCGGAUACGGGUGAUUUUCGGCUGGCUCCUGUGCGGCCUGUGCGUGUGGCAGCCCGACAUCCAGUGCAGCGCCUGCUCGUCACAGAAGACCGGGAACCACUCGUGGAAUGAAACAGUGGAUUUCAAAAUGGAGCGGGCGCUGGAAAAUAAGGAGGACGACCUGGUCACCCUGCCGUUCCCGUUUCCACCGGUGGCGACAACCCCGGCGCCUCCGUCCGGCAGCGUGCUGCGACCGCAUCUGGGGGAGGACGCGUCGUUCCCCUGCCCGCUCCCCGUGGGCGGGAACCCCUCCGGCAUCAUCUGGACCGUCCAGGGCCGCACCGUCUUCGAGCACGGGCAGCCGGUGGACCUGUCGACCCACUACGAAUUCGCCCAGUGGGACGACGUCGCGGUGCUCCGCAUCCGCCACGUCGCCCUGGCGUCCAGCGGGGAGAUCGUCUGCCGCCUGGAAGAGGGUAACCGGAAGUCCAUCCUGCGGCGCUUCACCCUGAUCCCGAGGGUUACGCGGGCCGCCGAGGUCUUCGCGACCCCCCUCGCGUCGCACCACGAGGCGGCGGUCGGCGCUAGUCUCACGAUCAGCUGCCCGGUGCGGUUGCCGCUUUCGCCGGAGGUCGUGGAGGAUCUGGACGGGCGUUAUCUGUGGCGCCACAACGGCUGGCUGGUUAAUAUGACGCGCGAGGCGCAGUACAUGACGCCGGGAAUGCCGGCUGGGUGGACGCGGCGGAGGGUCACCGCCGACCCGGGCCCCCUAAAGAACGAGGAGGGCGGGUCGUUCAUCUUUAAUCUCGAGUUUUCGGUGGUCCGGCUGGGGGAUCGUGGCAUUCUGGAGUGCUGGUUCCGGCCGCAUAAACACCUCCAAGAAUGGAUCGUGCAGUCCACAAAUCUGGAGGUGGAGAUAAAACCCUAGGUGGCGGCUUUUCUGGUCACUGUAUUAAAGCGUGUACAGCGUGUGCAAUGUAGAUAUAAUUCUGUGCGAUACCUAACCACAGCUCACUGUAUACAUACAUGAUACGUGUACUGUAUUUAGUCAGAUUGUAAGGCCAAAUAAAUAAAGAAACGAGAAAACUUAAAGUUUUGAGUGACAGUUUAAGC